UGCUUCUCCCGUGGGGCAUUUGGAAGGACAGAAAGGGGGAUUAAGGACAUGAAAGAAAAGAAGAGUAAAGAUCACAGCAGUGCCUGAGGACUUCGUGUUCACGUGUUCAUGCACCUGAACUGAGGAGGGAUUACCUGUCCGUCAGACCUGUAUCUGUGUGUAUCCGUGUUGGUAUGGAGGCUGUACUGUUGAGUCUGGAGGAAAGUGUGUGUGCAGGGCAAAAUGUCAUCUUGGAUCUGGCUUCAUCUACUCUCAGGAGACUGAGACACACACACCUACCCUAUAGCACCGUCUACCAGAUGACGGAGGGGCGGAGGUGUCAGGUCCAUCUCCUGGAUGACAGGAAAUUAGAGCUCCUCGUACAGCCCAAGCUGAUGGCCAAGGAUCUCCUGGAUCUGGUGGCAUCACACUUCAACCUGAAGGAGAAGGAGUAUUUCGGAAUCUCCUACACAGAUGAUACGGGUCACUUCAGCUGGCUGCAGUUGGACAGGCGCGUGCUGGAGCACGAGUUCCCGAAAAAAUCCGGCCCCAUCGUCCUCCACUUCUGCGUUAGGUUUUAUAUUGAGAGUAUAUCCUACUUGAAGGACAACGCUACAAUCGAGCUGUUUUUCCUCAAUGCCAAGUCCUGCAUUUAUAAGGAGCUUAUAGAUGUGGACAGUGAGGUAGUGUUUGAACUGGCCUCCUACAUACUGCAGGAAGCCAAAGGAGACUUCACAAGUAACGAUGCCACACGAGCUGACCUCAAGAAGCUACCUGCUUUGCCCACCCAAGCCCUCAAAGAACACCCAUCUCUUGCUUACUGUGAGGACCGUGUCAUUGAGCAUUAUAAGAAGCUGAGCGGUCAGUCCCGGGGCCAGGCUAUUGUCAAUUAUAUGAGCAUAGUGGAGUCACUGCCUACAUAUGGAGUUCAUUACUACGCGGUUAAGGAUAAGCAGGGGAUCCCGUGGUGGUUGGGCUUGAGUUAUAAAGGCAUCUUUCAGUAUGACUACCAGGACAAAGUGAAACCAAGAAAGGUGUUCCAAUGGAGGCAGCUGGAGAAUCUCUACUUCAGAGAGAAGAAGUUCUCUGUGGAAGUUCAUGAUCCUAGAAGGGCGUCGGUAACGCGAAGGACGUUUGGGCACAGUGGCAUUGCCGUGCACACCUGGUACGCCUGCCCUGCCCUCAUCAAAUCCAUCUGGGCCAUGGCCAUCAGCCAGCACCAGUUCUACCUGGACCGCAAGCAGAGCAAGUCAAAGAUCCACGCAGCUCGCAGUCUGAACGAGAUAGCCAUCGACCUGACUGAGACUGGAACGCUGAAGACGUCAAAACUUGCCAACAUGGGCAGCAAGGGCAAGAUCAUCAGCGGCAGCAGCGGAAGCCUUUUGUCCUCAGGUUCUCAGGAGUCUGACAGCUCUCAGACGGCUAAGAAGGACAUGCUGGUGGCUCUGCGAGCCCGACAGGAGGCUUUGGAGGAAACGCUCAGGCAGAGGAUAGAGGAGCUUAAAAACAUCUGCAUCAGAGAAGCGGAGCUGACCGGAAAGCUUCCUAAAGAGUAUCCACUGGACCCCGGAGAGAAGCCGCCCACGGUCAGGCGUAAAAUCGGCACGGCCUUCAAACUGGAUGAACAGAAGAUUAUGCCCAAAGGAGAGGAGAUAGAGCUGGAGCGUUUAGAGAGGGAGUUUGCUAUCCAGUCUCAGAUCACGGAGGCAGCGAGACGAUUAGCCAGCGAUCCUCACGUGAGCAGUAAGAAGUUGAAGAAGCAGAGGAAGACCUCGUACCUGAAAGCUUUGAAGAAGAUGCAGGACAUCGAGAACGGCAUCAACGAGUACCGCAUCCGCUCGGGCAAGAAACCCACACAACGAGCCUCACUUAUCAUAGAGGAGGCGAAUAUCGGCUCAGAGGACAGCUCACUUUCUGACGCUUUGGUGCUAGAUGACGAUGACCCCCAGGUAACAGGGACCCCCAAUUUUUCUCCGGUUUCCUCCCCUCACAAAGGCCUUCCUCCUCGGCCUCCGUCUCACAGCAGACCCCCUCCUCCUCAGUCCCUGGAGGGUCUGAGACACUUGCAUUACCAGCGCAGUGACUACGACAAAUCCCCCAUCAAACCCCGCAUGUGGAGCGAGAGCUCACUGGACGAACCCUACGAAAGGGUGAAGAAACGCUCCUCUCACUCAAGUAGUCACAGGCGGUUUCCAAGCACAGGCAGUUGUGAGGCAGGAGGAAGUAACUCUUUGCAGAACAGCCCAGUGCGAGCGCUACCCCACUGGAACAGCCAGUCCAGCAUGCCCUCGACCCCUGACCUAAGAACCAGGAACUAUGUUCACACAGCCAGCCUAACCCAACCCUUCCGUGGCCGAAGCUCCAGUCUAGAGUCUCAGGGCAAGCUGCUCAGCUUAGAACCGGGCCAGGAGGCGAAGCUCAUCCCUGACCUCUUCCUAUCGGGCCACCAGCGGACAGGAAGCAGCGGCUCGGUGGUUCCAGACGACUGUUCAUCCUGCACCAGCCAUUCAAGCUCGGAGCACUGCUGCCCACCAGCGGGUGCCAACCCUAACUAUCGCACACUGGCGGAGGACUCACCGUCCAGGGCACGUCAACGUCAGCGCCAGCGCCACAAAUCGGCCGGCCAUCUGGGCACCUCCAGCUCAGGCAGCAUGCCCAAUUUGGCUGCACGCAACGGUGGCACACCCGGCACACCUCAGCAGGGUGUUUACCUGAACAGCCAGAGCCAGCCGUCAUCACAGUACCGCAUCAAGGAGUACCCGCUCUACCCGACAGGCAGCAGCCCUGGCGCCGUGGUGGUGCGCAGCCUGGAGAGUGACCAGGAAGGACACUACAGCGUCAAAGCGCAGUUUAAGACGUCCAACUCGUACACGGCCGGCGGCCUUUACAAGGAGGGCUGGGGAUCAGCCAGUGAGGAUGGUGAUGGAGGCAGUGCCAGCGGCAGUGCCAGGCUUACCCCCUCCAGGUCUCAGAUAGUGAGGACUCCAUCGGUGGGGAGGGAGGGAGGAGGGAGCAGAGUGGCCGUAUCCGAGGAGCUCAGGUGCUGGUACCAGCGCUCGUCUGGGUCACUGAAGGAGCAUUCACGCCUCACACACACCAGUUCUAAUCCAGGGAGAGUGGGCACACUCACCAAGGGCUCACCAGCUGCCUCUCCACACAGCCAGAGAAGUGGAACACCGUGUAGCGAAUCAGCAGCCACUCCACCCUGCAGCCCCCAGCACAUACUCAACUGGCAAAGCGGAUCCUUCAGCGACAGCUGUUUCCUGAGCAGUCCUCUGUGCUCGGAGCUGGCGGACGUGCAGUGGUACGGACACGAGAAGGCCAAGCCAGGAACGCUCGUCUAAACUGUUUAAACUCAUUCCUCGUCCCAUCUCCUUCAUCAUCCCUUCUUUCUGGAACAGUGUUCUUCAUGAGCUGGACCUCAACGCAUUUACCUGACCAAUGGUUGGAGCCAAGCCCCCCACCCCUCCGUGCAUAUCCAGUGGUACAUUGGCUCUGGACUUUGGAAUUGCAGAGGUCAAGUCGAACUGGACUAACCCAACCUGAACGGACCUAUCUGACCCUUCCACUGCUUACCCUCUGCACUUUGAACUGAACUGUGACCCAGUUAGCUGCCAGCCAGAUGUUUCGUAUGCACAAACCCUCAUCCAGUCCUAGUGCUGAGUGCUGGGGUGACGCACAAGGGGUGCGGUCGUUUCUUUUUGGAGAUGUGUAUACUGUGUGUGUGUGUGUAUGUAGGUGUUCUAAUGAACCGAGUCACAUACUCAUACAUACUCAAACAGACACUAGAUUCUAGCUGAGGUGUCAGUCGGCAAUGAAAAAAGGACAGUUUGGAUUUUACACCCUCACACGUCCCUGCACAAUAGAUUCAAAGAACUUUAGAUGACCUCUUCUGUCUCCAAGCACCAGUCUAAAGAGUGAUUCAUGAGCCCCAUCUAUUAUUCGUGGACGUCAUCGUUUCUCAUUUAGUAUCAUUGUGUACUAAUAUAUAUGUUAAAUAGUAUUUUGUUUCUAAACCACACAAAGGAUUGAAGAACCUGGUUUGAUAACAUUCUUGCCAGGACAAUAGGAAUUUACAACAAUACAUACAUUAAAAGAUUACCUAGGCAAAGCACUGCAAUGACAACUAAAGUACUUUUCAUUUAUCCCUUUAUUUACUAAAAAACGGCCUUCAUAACUUUACUGGACCCAUUAAUGAUCCUGCAUUUAAACCCCACUUACAAUUGACUUACUGGAAAUUACAUUCCAAACACCUACGUUUGUUAAGUACACAUGACCACCUUCCUAGUAUUGUGUUGGUCCCCCUUUUGCCGCCAAAACAUCCCUGCAGCUGUGAUGCUCUAUGUAUUCUGGCACCUUUCUAUCAGAACCAGGAUUAAGUUGGCCCACACGGGCCAGCCUUCGCUCCCCACGUUCAUCAAUGAGCCUUGGCCACCCAUGGCUCUUUCGCCGGUUUACCACUGUUCCUUCCUUGGACCACUUUUGAUAGAUACUGACCACUGCAGACCGGGAACACCCCACAAGAGCUGCAGUUUUGGAGAUGCUCUAAACCAGUCGUCUAGCCAUCACAAUUUGGCCCUCGUCAACUCCCUCAAAUCCUCACGCUCGCCCAUUUUUCCUGCUUCUAACAUCAACUUUGAGGAUAAAAUGUUCACUUGCUGCCUAAUAUAUGCCUAACAGGUGCCGU